UCCUCCCACCACCUUACUCCGGUCCGGCAAACUUUCUCAUCCCACUCGCGGCGGCGUUCCUUCCUCAGCGUCACUUUGCCACAGCUCCGCACAUCGAGGCACGUCAUGCUUCUCUGAGUGAAGGCAACACCAACUUCUCCCGACCUGUCAGUCCAAGGAAGCUGGAUCAAGGAAUAGUCGUGUAGGUCGUCACAAGCUCUCAACACCGCGGUACCAUGAAGCUUUGGCUGUUCUUCCUUGCCAGUCUUGGAACACUAGCCGUGACCUCCGCGCUCAGGGUGGGUCCGGUGCGUCUUCCUCAUAACAACCGCUUCAUCAACUAUACGAAGGGAGCCUCGCCCGACAACAGCCUGCUGGAGUGUGUGCACCAGCUGGAUGAGGAGGAGCAGGUGGCCACGGUGUCCUGGAUGCUCUGGGACGCCGGUAACAUUGUGGGAUCCUUUGACUGGCAUACCGCCGACCCUGCAGCAGCCACCGGGAAGCUCGAGGGAGUAGUGGCGCUGGACCGAGACGAUGGGUCCCUGGAGCUGCUCGAUCUGAGGCAUGACUUGAGCGGCGAGUAUUCCUGCGCUGUGACGCUCACCAACGGGAAGAGCAUUGAGGCUGGCAAGUGGGAGGUGUUGGUCGUGGAAAGCAUUUCGCAGCUGUCCGCUCUGCAUCGAUCACUCUCGGGCUGCACCUACUCCUCCAACUUCUCCACACUGGCCACGUUCCCCAAGCCUACUGUGCGCGCCGGCCUGUACUCGGAGUCCUUGGGAGGCUUCUACAAGGAGAUUCCCGAGGCUCAGUGGCUUGUUCAGAAGUACGACAACGGAUCUUACACUUACUCUUACAGCAACGUCGCCUUCGAGCUCAACGCCGACACGCCCGUGGACGUGAGCUUCUACGUGACGGUGGGGGUUAUGAAGAAUGACAGCAACUACAUCCCCAUCAGCUCAGCCAUGGAUAAGCACAUCAUCCUGCACCAGCUGGGGUGUCCCGAGCCUCGGGUGGAGGCGUACCAGCACGUGGAGUACCACCGGGACACUAUCACUUGUCGCGGGGAGCACAAGGAGGCGGAGGCCAUCGUGACGUGCAAGGAAGGUUUCAAGGCAGACGGCGACGUGGAGGAAGUGCUGAUCAGGUGCGAUGAGAUAACGCUGAUGUGGGUACUGGAGAACGGAACACCGGCAAAGAGGGAGCAUCUGCAGUGUGUUAUCGACGGCGCCUCCAGUACCGCCUCAGUUUCCACUGCGCUGCUCUGCGUCGCCCUCGUCUUCCAAAAGUUCCUGCUCCCCUAGGCGACAGGACGAUGUGGGAUCCGGCAGAAGAGUGACUCCGUUCAUGCCACAGAAUCAUGAGUCAGAUCAGGCGAUUACUUUGCGUACAUACUAGAUAAUGCCUGCAUGAAUCUGGCCUGCAUCUAGACACGAGCACUGAAUAUAUAUAUAUAUAUAUAUAUAUAUAUAUAUAUAUAUAUAUAUAUAUAUAUAUAUAUAUAUAUAUAUAUAUAUAUAUAUAUAUAUAUAUAAUGUAUGCAACGCCUAGAUUUCUUCGCUUAGAGUAGAGUAGAUGCACGGAAACUAUGAUUGAUGUUCGUAGUUAGACAAAUUUAGUACUUUUAUUUUUUACGUAGAGAGCACAUUUGCACCAAAGACGCAACUGGUUUGAAUUAAAGGCACUAAUUUUUGGUACACACCUGGUUAAUUGCAUCCCAUGACCUGCUUCAUGACGCAGAUAGUAGUGUAUGUCAAUAUUUUUUUCGUCACAGGACCUUUCUGACAGUAUUUUAUAAGGGGAGCUUUGAGUCUUGUGUCCGCGUGGAUCCCGCCAGUCUUGUUUAGGUAGACAAGAGUGAAUUGUGUUAUGUCUGUGAUAAAGUUCAAAUGAGGGACGUGUAGUGUCCAGGGUGCUUAGCUAAGACUGUGUGUCCUCUGAUUGUUUUCACUCACCACGGGUUGGCAGAGGGUCGUCGUGCCGUGGUGAGUACGCCACGCCGCACCCUUACCCGUCUUGGCGAAAAUCAUGUAAAGUUCAAAAUCUUCGUGGAAAGUUCAAAAUCUUAGAAUAUAUGUAUUAUAGUUUAAUAAUAAAGUUUUUUUUUACAUUUUCUUCGCUGUGGUGCACCAAGCGGCAUGAAGUAUAUAUAAGUUUUCUCGCUUACGCAUGCAAGGAAAUAACCUUACGCCAAGUACGAGUGUCACAAGAUAAAUACGGCUGUUAACGAGGUGAAAACCCACAUUCUUUGCAGAUGAUCAGUUAGCAGCUUAGUAAAACACAGCUCACGAAAGAGAGUGUAUGCAGACAUUCAUUUCCAUUGAGGCUGGACUGGAGACUCGUUCGUCAGGGAACAAGACUCCGAGAUCAAAAUGGUAUGGAGGUAUCGCUGCUCACCUGGAGACUCACUUGAGGCGACACAGGAAGUACCGCUUGGAGUGGCAGGGGAGAGCCGUGGCGAGGUAGCCUUGGUAGCCAUCGAACAUGAGGCACCAGUCCCCUUUGGCGGCUCGGCGUUCAGAUGGCCUGCGGUGCUGCGACGCCCAGAUACCCGGCGACACUGGCGACCCAUCCAGCCACUGCCACUCCCCUCCGUUGUUCUCUCGUCCGCCGACCCAGAAUGGCCAGCGUGUAUUGCUCGCUGUCAAAACGAAAUGUGAAUUAGAGGUUAGACGUAAUUAAAGGAAAUAAAAUUAUGUAAGAAUAAAACCGGCGAAGCUUC